GAUCAUGAUCAAUUACUCAACUAUACCAUCUGGGGUCUAUGUGUUGAGCCCACUGAGCACAAUAGGGCUAAUCCGGACGCUGUGGCCAUCGUUGAGCGUGAAAUGAGCGACAUAUACGGCAAGGAGUGGCGCGAUUCGGGUAAUUUGUCAUAUUAUCAGACCCUGAUGCAUCGCACCGAUAAUCACGAGUUGUUUAGCGCGAUUAAUUUUUGUGGCGUAUUCAUUAUCUUAUUUGAUGAUUACCUUGAUAACAUUUUCGAUAUUGACGAAAUACGCCAAUGGCAGCAUAAAUACAGGACCGGACAGUCCGAUGGACAGACACCGAUGGACCGGAUGCUCGUCAAAGCCAUCGCUCGUUUGAAUCACUGGUUAAGCAUUGAACAAAUGCGUCGACACGCCAACUAUGUAUGCGAUUUUAUUGAGACCUACAUCACUCUUAUGCAAUUCAAAUUGAGCCCAAAUGAGCAUGGUGAUAUUAUGUCUUACGAAGAGUUUCUAGCGCUCAGACAAGCGGACAGUUUAUACAACUUGCUAUUUUUAUUCACCGAGCUCAGUUCUGGAUUUGAUCCGCACCAACACGGUAUGGGCGACAGCGAGCUAUUAGAGGCGUUUACGGUCGCGUGCGGUAAACACUGUACGCUGACAAACGAGCUCUACUCGUUUAGAAAAGAGGUGCGCGCGGGCGCCGGAGAUUACAAUUAUAUGUACUUGAUCAUGUGCAGGGAGGGCUGCACGGCCCAGGUGGCCGCUAAUAGGAUCGUGAUGGAAUUGCAUGAUAUAUGGGCACUUGGCGUUAAUUAUGGGGCUCAGUUAAAAGCCUUGGCCAACCCGGCGUUGGACCAGUAUGUGUCCGAAGCCCUCCACACUGUUAAGGGACACCUGUAUUGGGCGUCGAUAUGCCGUAGAUAUAAAUGA